AUGAACCCGGCGCCAUUGGGAUGUUAUCAGCUCGGACUUGGCUUCGAAUUCUUUCCAGUCGACUACCUCACCGCUACAGUCUUGUUAUUUUUCAUUUACUCCUACCUGAAAGGCUUUUCGGAGCCUGUUAUUUCAAUUGCUUUUAAGUCCGUCGUUUUUGGUCUCUUGGCACAAUCUCAAAUUCGCCUUCUUCCAGCGGCUCUAAAGGCUCUCGCUACCAGCUUUCUCGAAAAUUGUCCUGCCUUUUUCUGGUGGAACGUCUCAUCUGAACGCCCAACAACUACGAACGAAGAAUCUGAACCUGCUGUUCCGAUGGCCACAAUUUGGCAUAUGAAUAUCACACAAGAAGUUGGCAUACAAGAAUUAGCGCGCGGGAACCAUUUGGGGCCGGGAGAAAUGAGAAAAAUUGGGACGUUAAGACAUCGGGCAGAACGGGCAACGGAACAGCAUUAUUGA